CCAUAACUCGCCCAUGUCCAGAUGAGCGCCAAAGUUUUCUCUUUUACGGAUGCGGAGCGUGACUUCCAGCUUUCACGUUUUCUUUGCAUGUGCAAAUUUGGCGUGGAGAUACCUCUACUCUUUACUCCAAUUUAAAAGAAAGAAACUAAUAAUCGGAAAGUGAUAAAUGAUACCUCAUCAUCAUGAAUGCACAUCAUCAAAACAAGGUCAGCUAUUUGAACCCGAAGAGCCAUGAAAAGCGAGCGAGACCAUUCCACAUUAGCUGCAACUCACUCUGUGUUCGGUUGGUGGAAAUUAAAACCAAGAUGUCUACAGUUCAUGAACUCUCCAAAGUGGUUCCUGUUCUUUCUUGUUAUGUAUUUUUUCACGCAGAGCAUCGUUGUAAACGGUGUUUAUUCGGUGUCGAUCUCGACUAUCGAGAAGCGUUAUGGUUACACAAGCUCUCGCACGGGGUUCCUUACAAGCUCAUAUGACGUCGCCGCUCUCGUGCUAACGCCACUUGUCAGUUUCCUUGGCGCCAGACGAAAGAAACCUGUCUGGUGUGGGGUAGGACUGCUGACCAUGGGGAUUGGCAUGCUCAUCUUCUUCCUGCCGCACGUCUUUGGCGGGAGAUAUGAGGCGGGCGGAUCACAACUUGUUCGUUCGACUGGUCUUUGCAACUCAACUUCCGGUUCUUUGAAUACUUGUGAAUCUACUUCCGGUAACAAGGGGUACUUUCCACUGUUCGUUCUUGGGAUGCUGGUCAUGGGUUCAGGUGCCACGCCCAUGAUUGCUCUCGGAAUUCCUUAUAUGGACGAAAACGUCAAAGCUAAAGUAUCCCCCAUGUACGUCGGUAUCUUCUACUCCUCUGGUAUUUUCGGUGCCUUCAUCGGGUAUAUCCUCGCAGGGGUCUUUCUAGCAAUGUACGUGGACAUUGGUGUCCAGACCCCCUUGAACCCCAAAGACGAGCGCUGGGUUGGGGCCUGGUGGCCAGGAUUUGUUGUGUGUGGCACAUUAUGCAUACUUUGGAGUUUUUGGCUUUUUGGCUUCCCUAGUCGCAUUACAAGAAAUGGAGGAGACAUUCCGGAUAAGGAAAUGGAGCUGACGAAGAAACAGGACAAACAGUGGUUGGCCAAAGAAGUAUUACAUCUGCCUCAAUCCACAAAGCGGCUUCUACUUAACAUCCCUUACACCAGCACCUCAAUCGCAGGGUGUGCCGAGUGGCUAGUCCUCUCGGGGUUCGCAGCCUUCGCGCCAAAGUUCCUGCAGUCCCAGUUUGGGAUCCCUGCGGCUCAAAUAGGCUUCCUCUAUGGAGUCAUAACUGUCCCGGCAUGCCUGUGUGGAAGCCUCUUGGGGUCUUAUAUCAACAAAAGGCUUCGUCUAAGUAUGACUGGGGCGGCCAAGAUGUGCCUUAUUGUAGCGUCUGCCUCUGCGGUUGUUACCCUGCCCUUGCUGUCUAGUUGCGCUACUGUCUCUAUGGCUGGUGUGAACACUCCCUAUUCCAACAGUUCCAGCACGCUGUCGUUAGAAAACACCUGCAAUUCCGACUGCGCAUGCGUCACAGUGCCUUACAGUCCCGUAUGUAACGCUGGCAUGACGUAUUACUCAUCUUGUCACGCAGGUUGCCUCGACAGGAAUGCUAACAAGUCUUUCUCCAGUUGCUCCUGUCUGGCCACGCCUAACGCCCUCAUGUUACCAGGGCGGUGCAUGACUUUCUGUGGUAACACAUUUUGGCUCCUACUGGCGACUGUAUUUAUGUUUGGAUUCUUAACAUUCCUCAACGAGACGCCGGCUACCAUAGUAACGCUAAGAUGUUUAUCGUUGGACGAGCGCACGUAUGGUGUUGGUUUCCAGAUGACGAUGGCGAGACUGCUCGGAUCGAUACCUGGUCCUAUUUUGUUUGGGAGCCUAUUUGAUUUAGCCUGUAUUUUAUGGGAUAAAAGGUGUGACGGUCAGGGCAACUGUCUGGAGUACAACAACACUCAACUCGCCUACACCGUGUUUGGACUGUGCUUCGUCUGCAAACUAGUGGUCAUAAUGGGCUUCUUGGUGUCGUAUCUCUCCUGCCGUAGAAUAAAUAAAUCGACGCGGCUUCGUCAGGACGAUAAAGCACAAAAACAGACAACUCAUCUAUGAGAAAACGGCGGCCCGUAGAAUUGAUUUGUGGUGGGGGUAGGGAUAAGGGAUAAGCUUCUAUGCUGUGGUCAAUGGAAGCCGCGUUUCUACCUAGCUGCUAAGUGCACUUGCCUUUGCUUGAGGCGUCAAGAACAUUUUUAGGUUUUAUUUUUAUUACCCUCGUCUCCCCACCUCACGGGCCUGAUUUUCUAUGAAACCAACGGUGUUCCAUUCGAGUCGUAGUAUUUUUUGAAUAAAGGGUCUGAUUUUCUAUAAAAGCAACGGUGUUCCAUUCAAGUCGCAGUAUUGUUUGAAUAAAGGGUCUGAUUUUCUAUAAAACCAACGGUGUUCCAUUCGAGUCGUAGUAUUGUUUGAAUAAAGGGUCUGAUUUUCUAUAAAACCAACGGUGUUCCAUUCAAGUCGCAGUAUUGUUUGAAUAAAGGGUCUGAUUUUCUAUGAAACCAACGGUGUUCCAUUCGAGUCGUAGUAUUGUUUGAAUAAAGGGUCUGAUUUUCUAUAAAAGCAACAGUGUUCCAUUCAAGUCGCAGUAUUGUUUAGCUCGGUCAAAUGAUUUGAGUCUAGUGUAAACAGCGCAAACAAUCACCACCGAUUUUGGCAAAGUGCUUUGCUUUGACAUUUCUAUGAGAAAAAACGCUUUGCUUUGACACCUCUUGGGACUAUCUCCUGACAAAGUGUACAAACAGCGCUACAUUAUAUUGCUAGAAGACGUGGCUGUUUGUUUUUUUAAGAACAAAUGCUGCGUGGACGCACGAGACAUUUUUCAAACAAGUGUCACACGGAUAGUAAGAAUGCGCUGUCUCCCAUACUGCAACAUGUACUAUUUUGCACUUGGCCGUGUCUUAGGCUUGCCACAUAGUAGAUCAAUCUAACAAAUAAAUUCAUUCCUUUAUGAUUAAAACCUCGCUAUCCGUA